CCUCGUUCUGCUUUGGCGAAUCAGAAAUCUGUUGAUGUCUGCGUGUGAUUCUGUUGUUCAGUUUGCGCUAUAUUGAUGGUUAGUGCUGCAUUUACAAUGAAUGAAUGGACACCUAUAGCAAAAGCAUAUGAUCCCCUUAAAGCUGGCAGCAUUGAUGGCACAGAUGAAGAACCACAUGAUCGUGCUGUCCUUCGGGCAAUGCUGGCCCGUUAUGUUCCAAACAAAGGUGUAAUUGGGGACCCACUCUUAACUCUGUUUGUCUCCAGACUAAGCCCACAGACAGAUGAAGAAAAGCUGAAGAAAGCAUUUUCACGCUAUGGAGAUAUUAAAAGGCUCCGGUUGGUGAGAGAUUUGGUAACUGGUUUCUCCAAAGGCUAUGCUUUUAUUGAGUACCAGAAAGAAAGUGCUAUAAUAAAAGCAUACAGAGAUGCCAACAAGCUGGUAAUUGAUAAAAAUGAAAUAUUUGUGGACUAUGAACUUGAAAGACGACUAAAAGGCUGGAUUCCUCGUCGUCUGGGAGGAGGCUUUGGGGGGAAAAAAGAAUCUGGGCAGUUGAGGUUUGGAGGUCGUGAUAGACCUUUUAGAAAGCCGAUAAACUUACCAAACUUUCCAAAUCAUGGCAGUGCAGACACCCGAGAAGAAAAAAGACAGAGGUCACGUUCUAGGGAGAGAGUACAAGAGUGGAGGGCUAAGAGAUCAGAGUAUGAACGAGGAAGGGACCCACGGUGGCAAGAGAAAGAUAGAUCACAGAACAGACGAGACAAAGAACAUUUUGAAAAACACUCCAAUGAAGAACGGAGUAGAGACAGGGAAAGAAGUAUUACAGACAGACAUCGGGGUGAUCGAAAGCGAGAGAGAAGCAAAGAGCGAGAUUACAAAAAACAGAGGGAUGAGGACUAAAACCAAUAAGUCACUUUUUUAUAUUUAUCAUAAGAUUUUCUUUUCCUGUGAUGUUUUAAAUGCUGAAUAUUGUGUAAAAAUUGUAUAGUUCAUUCUAUGGACAAUGGAAAUUUCUUCUGUUUUUAGCUUACUAUUCAAAGCAUAUAAUAUAUAAACUAAUGAAUACAGUUCUGUAACACAGAUUCAAUGUGGAAAAUGUGUUCUUAUUCACAAAAACAAGGCUGUAGUAGCUCAAAUAUUUUAAAGUUAAAGGAAAACAUAGGUGAAUAGAUUUGUAGAUAAAACCAUUGAUACUCUUCACUCCAUAACGUUUUAAACAACUUCACAAUUUACUUCUAUUAUCACAUUUUCUUAGUAUACUUUCUCAAAAAGCAUGAAUGUACGUUCAGGAGUGUGCAUGUGUCUGCAGUACUUUAUGGCAGCAGUUUUGCAACAAUGUUAUACAUUAGCAAGAGCACUAGAUGGCAGCACUGUUUCCUGUCAUGUAGUGUUGCAGACAUGUGCACGCUACCUAUCUAGAUAUCUCUUAAACAAAGAAUCGCAUGAGAAUUAAAUUUAAUAUUAUGUCAAUUUGGAAACUUUUUAAAUUGUAUUUUCUAUCUGAAUCAUGAAAGAAAAAUGUUGCGUUUCAUGUCCCUUUAAGAUUACUUUGUUUACAUACAUUUUUACUCUCUCUUUAUUAUAGUAAGAGUGUUCUGUUAUUUUGUUUGGUUGAUAGACAUUUGGCUGAACCCUGCCCUUUUUACUGGACAAUUAAAGAAACUAAAGACGAUUUAUGAACAACCACUCUACGUUAUACGUUGCUUGCUAUGUGCUGCUGCAAACUAAGAAUCAUACUGUAUGUUACCUAAUUAUGUUCUACACGCAUGUCCAAAUUGUCCAUUGUAUAAAUAAAGAUAGAGACAUGAAACCCCAUGUUUUUUAUGUGUUAUUCAUUCAGGGCAUAAAAUAAAUCAAAUGUAUUUCUAUUAUCAAAUUGUCUUCAUUCCCAUGGUAUUCUUUGUUGGAGAGUAAACACUGCUGCCAGCUAGUACUCUUGUAAAUGUAGAACAUUGUUAAAACUAUUCUUGCAAAACUGUUUACAUAUAGUGCUCUAGAUUUGUGCAUGCUCCUUAUCCUACCUACCUUGUUUUCAACAAAUAAAACAAUCUGGGUUUCAUGUCCCUUUAACACACUUGUAGCUACAUUCCCUCAGGGCUGGCGCUAAGAUUUUUGGCUACACAGGCAAAGACACAUUUUACUGCUUACCUGAAUCAAAUUAUAUACCUUGCCAUUAUGUUUCUUAACAUAAUGUUCUAGUGGUGUUUUAAGCAACUAUAGAUAACUAUUUUAUCUGUAAUGAUAGAGAAAAUAAAUUUCCGUUAUCACAUUAAA